CCGCCAGUCUGACGACACCACGCGCGCGCAGCGCCCGUCCCGGCUAGUGAGUGAAGUGCAGUGCGGACCUACCGACAAUAACCACAGUGACGCUAAACUACGGGGAGAAAAAACAUAAAAAUUCAGUGUACGUUUACAAAAAAAAAAAGAAAAAAAUUCAAACACGCUGACCGAAAGCGAAGCGUUUUUGGGAAAUUCCUCCUUUGUCCCCCACUGUCUGACCCCCGGGUUGUCCUCUGAACAUUGUCGAAGGCUCAAGAGACUCACUUCGAUUGAAGGAUUGAUUGAUUGAUAAACCAAAAGUGGACAUGAUUAUGUUAAGGAUUUGACAACAAACGACGCCACAUUCUUGCUUCAGUACACACAUAUCAGCAGCGAUACUGGGAAGAAAGGAAUGAGCAACAAGCACCGCCUUAUUGCUUUACAUGAUCAAAACGCCUUUUAUUUUGCCCAAUAGCGCAGCAGCAGGGUGGCGGCGUCCAAGUAUGGCGGCGGAGGGCUCUCACUGGGCUCCGGCGUCGCGGUGAGACGCGGCAUGAAGUGCGCCGGCGUGGCGGGCGCCAGCGGCGACGAGCUGCUGCUCGGCAGCUGCUGGCUGGACCCCAAGCUCGAUAACUCUUCCCCCCCGCCCACCUGCCACGAACUUCUCGACUCUCUCCUCGCCCCUACCCCCCUCGCGGAGCUGAAACCUCUCCCUCCCUUUACUGGCUACACCGGCCACCUCUCUAUCAACGGCAUCUCUGGACACCACUACCACGCUAUCGCGCAACGUCUUCCAGAAGAAAACAACAACUAUCCAACGCAGAGCGGCUACGGCGCCGACCAUGACGUCGUGUCUUCGUCAACGUGUGCAGCUGACGCCGAGCCCCCAGACUUAGAGGAUGUCAAGCCAUUCCUCGAUGCACCAGACACCAAGCCUUUCGCUGAUACCUCCGCUGCUGACUCCUGUGCCGCGUCCUGCUCCCCACCCGCUAAGCUUUUUGAGGAUGGGCACAAGCAGGACAUGUACGAUAUCAGCUCGAUAGAAGAUAUCGCAGCGAUCAUUGGCUCAGCUAUCGCUGACACGACUGUACCCUCGCAACCAGAGGAUCCCGAGAGAAAUGAUUCCAGGGACAGUUGGAUGGACAUCGAUGCUUGGAUCUCUGGCGCGUGCACACAACCUGGUGACAAAAUAGUGCAACAGGACCUUGCUGAGUUUGGUUUGCCUAAUUCACCACCUUCGGGUCAGAAUCAUCAUUCCAGUCUUGACUAUCCUUGUAAAAAUCAGGAAUUUACAAAAAGUACUGAGUUUCUUCAGAAGAAUUUAGGACAAGCUGGAUCGACAUUGCAGUCUUUGUUGACACAUGGCUACAUGCCACUGCUACAAAAUCGGCUGCAAAACGGGCCCCCGGUGAAACAGGAGGCGCCGAGCUCCACAAGUUAUGGAAUGGACGUGAUAUCAACCUCAUCUCCGCCUGGGAACGCUGUCUCCACGACUGAUGGUGUUGGUGGGCUAUUAAAUGGUAGAUAUGCACCACAUUAUGCGCUUGGUCUCAAACCAGAUGGCCUCUGUAGUCCAGAAAGACUUCUAGGCUACCCGCAUGCUCACACCACUACUUCUACACCAGCAAGUAAAAGCAAAAGGAGUCGAGCAAAAGCGAAACAGGCGAAUAGUGGUAACAUGCACGGGAGCUCACUCGCGUUCCCGUCGGCUACUGCGGCGGAGCUGAGCGGGCUGCUGGGGAAGGAGAAGCCGGUACACCGGUGCGGGAUAUGCAAUAGAGGGUUUCUGAACAAGUCCAACAUAAAAGUACAUCUGCGAACACACACGGGGGAGAAACCGUUCCGGUGCGACGUGUGCGCGAAGGCGUUCCGGCAGAAGGCGCACCUCAUCAAGCACCAGCAGAUCCACAAGAGGAUCGGCAGGGACUAGCACGUGUAGGUUGUAGCUCAAGACGAAGCAUUUGUAGUUUGUAAUAUAGUGUGUCUGUGACUGUAGUGUCAGUGAGCGUGGUGACGCAGUGCGCGCUGAAUCUCAUGUAGGCUAUUGUAAAUUUAUUUCGUUAGGGACGCAGAGGUCGCGCCUCUCAUAGAACUAUGGCAUUCCUCGUAGACAGGUGUCGCCGGGCGCGCGACGCUCUGUGUGUCUCCUAACGUAGUUACGUGGUAUCACGAGUAAUUAAUUAACCCAUUAGUAUAACAUUCCUAAGGACAAGUGCAAUGUUAACUAGUUUUAAGCAAUUUAUAUUUUCUGUAUUAUAUGAUUAGUUAGUAAGUUCUUGAAGUUUCCCGCUCCGCUCUUCACAAUUGUUUUCUGAGCUAUCCGUCUCAUUAGCGUAGUAGUCUCCUAUUAUUUCGGUUAUGUGUUGCCGUCUGUAUGUAUGUAUGUCUUGUAACAAGCUACGUAACUCGCGCGCUCUCAAAUAGUGCCUUAAGAUCGGUCAAAACAUGAACGAAUUAUGUCUUUGUAAUGUAGAAGAACAUUUUUAUUUAAUUUUAUAUGUGAAUGGUUACUCCGAUUACCUAUUGUUAGUCAGAAAUUUUAAUUAGUUUUUUUCUUAUAAAUGUAUAAUAAGUACUUAAUUAAUUUAAGGAAGAGAAAUGACAAAGCUCAUGAGGCUAACACGAUACUGCCAAGUAUACACCUUUGUACUUAUAAACUUUGUAUAAAAUACUCUUUUUAAAUGUAUGUGAAGUAGGGAUCAUUAAUUAUUUGGUUGGCGACAUAGUUAAUGAGUAAGGUUUAGUGUUGAUAUCGCUGCUACUAGUUAUUUAUUAUCUUCGCGCCAUCUUGGCUCUGAAUUAACUUUCCACUUGAAGCAACAAGUAUUAAUAACAUAACAUACCUCAGUAACACAUCAGUCACAUUAUGUAAAUAAAUAAAAAUCUUUGCGACUUAUGUUAUACUUAAAUCAUAUAUUAUCAUCGCUUCAAAUAAAUAUUUAUUCGUAUUUUAGAAGUAUUGGGACCAAAAGUUUAAUAAAACAACUUGCAAAGGUUUUUAAUGUUAUUAUCGAAGUAAUCAUUAAUAUAUUCUAUCACUGAAAUAAUAUGUAGAAUUUCAAAAACAUAACAAAUUCAUUUUAAUCUGUCAUCUUUGCGCAUCUUUCAUUCUCAUUUCACUUGCAUUUAACUAACUUUAAGAUCGCUCAAUCAUUGUUUCACAUGUCAUGUCAUUUACAAAUCAAAAUAUGACAACACAUUAUCAUAAAACACAGCUGUCACGUCAUCAGAAAGCAAUCAUCCAAAAAUUCAUCAUUUACAUUAUUUUCAUACUUCAGUAUCAUCAAACAUACAUAGGAGGAAAGACGGUGCAAUAUUUUUAUCAUCAUUACGUCAUCAAUAGCUUAAAUUUUAACAUUUGUCAAGAAAACGAAUUCCCCUAAUCAAUUAUUAUCAGCUCGUAUCAGUCGUAUGCUGGAUACAGGUCUCUCAGCUCUUCUCAGUCAACCAACACCGUUACCCAUUUUAAUAUCAAUAAAAAAAGAAAUAAUUAAAAAAAAACGAGUAAAUUUUAUUGGUUGAAUAUAACGGCCAAUCACAAGUCCCGAUUGAAUACUUAUAUUUAAUGCUGAACGCUAGAUGCGGCCGCGGCGGCGCACGCGAACGGAACUCAACGCGUCCGGGAAGCGGACGGAUAAAAAAUCAAAUUCGUACUAAUAAUACCGAUCCGUUGUUGCGUAAGAUUGCUAUUCGUUGGCAGUUUAUAAUUACUGUUACGGCAUUACACACACACACGUAUUUGGGCCAUUUACCUGUAGCGAGGCUAAGGGCUGCGUGAUUCGGACUGAGAACCAAUUACAUCGCACUCGUAGUUUGUAAUAAACUCAACGAUUUAUGUCUACAUCACGUGAGACUGACGAAUUUUAUUAUCUUCAUGUUUUAUUAUUGAUCAACUUCUUGUUUAAGGGGAUUAUUUUUGCGUAGUCUUGUUAUUUGAUGCUAAGUUCAUGACAAUCAUAAAACAUUGCAAAUUCAUUUCAAUUAAAUACAUCCAAUUAGUAAAGUCAUCAACAUCCUCACAAUCAAAGCUAACUUUCAUUAAUUUCACAAAUUUUUGCAAAUCAUUUCUUAACAAUGUUGCAGAAAAAUCAUAAUCAUUGUAGCCUCAAGUAGAGGUCUCAUUUCACACAGGUCUCGUGUCACAGGCCCCGUAUCACAGAUAACUCAUCUCAUUAACUUAAGACUGUGAACUUUGGCAUAAAGCUGCGUACACAUUCCAUACUCCAUACAUUGUUAUCUCGUGUGCUAUCAUCUUUCAUCUUAAGUGUAUACGAUACACUAAUAAAGUACUAACAUUCCAUGUACCACAGCAGAUGAAGCUACCCCAAACUGUCAUAGCAUAUUAGGUCGUAUUAUAAUAUAGUAAAGUUGAAAAUCUAUUAGAGAAAUUGGUCAGUUUGGGUUUGUUUGAUGUGCUGUUUAGCUUUUAUUGUCGUUGGACAAUCUUUGACUGUUUGAGGCGUUGAAGCGCUCGUUGAGGCAGGUUGCAGCUGUCUUGUAGGGAAAAACACACGCUGCGGGUAAAAAGAAACACGCUUUUGAACAAAUCUCACAUUUCCCGUUAAAACUUUCAUUUCACUGCUUUAUCAAUAAAUACUUUAAAUUGAAAGUAAGGCAAAAAAAAUCUUAUCUGUAUAUAAAUUAGAGUUAAUCUCGUAAUUUCUAGAUUUUACAAAAAUUUCAACGAACGGCUCUUUCCAAAAAGAAAGCCAAAAAUUUAGUACUUCUUUCCGUUUUCCGUUACAUUUUAUUCAUUUGCUUUCUCUAUUCAAAUAAAACAUGUAUCACUGAAAUGAAGUUGCAACUAUUUAGAAAACUGCAAUUAAAUUAAUGCGUUUAAAAAUGCAAACUGCAGUAACUUUCAUCUCAAAAUGGUGACCCACAAUUUUAUCGUGUAACCGUACUAUCUCGAUGUAUACUGAAUACUUUAUGUAUGUAUGUCUGUAUGUAUAUCGCAUGUUAAGUGUCGCGACUUAAUUAUUCAAUGAAUGAAUGUCUUUACUUUAGAGAUUACGAACAAAUGAAUCUGUACGCCAACCGGCGCAGGCGCAGCGUGUGUGAGUAGAACUUAAUAAAAGUACCUUUUGUUAGAAUAUAAAUUGUUAGCGUUAAGUAUUUAUUUUUCAAUUAUAAUUUUUGUAAUUAUUAAUUAAUUGUAAAGGAUUACAGUUGACGAAAACAAUUAAAUAUUAUGCGUACUUUUAAGGCGGCGAAUGUUAUUUUUCAAGAGGUUUUUUCCAGUAGUUUAAGUAAAUUUGUAAAUUAAUGUAAAAUAAAUGAAGAUUUUUUUUGUUAACGAUAA